AUGUGGGCGGCGGUGCGGCGCGGGGCCACCUGGCUGAGCAGCCAGUGCAGCGCGGGGGAGCAGGGGCCCGGGCCGCGGGGCGGGGCGGCGCGUGCGCACAAGGCCGCCGCGGGAAGUUGGAAAUCGGCGGGCCGGGCAGCGGGGCCCGGGGACGCCCGGGAUAUGGGUGCCGCGGCCGGCCUGGCUCAGCAGCUGCGGGCGGCGCUACAGGAGGAGGAGCCGCGGGCAGUGGAGGAGCUGCUGCGCCGCGGCGCCGACCCUAACCUGGUGCUUACUGAUGGCGCGGCCGCCAUACAUUUGGCGGCUGGAGCCCGACACCCGAAAGGCCUGUGCUGCCUCGGAGUCCUACUACGCGGAGGAGGGGACCCCAACGCUCGAUCGGCCGAAGCGUUGACGCCAUUGCAUGUGGCCGCCGCCUGGGGCUGUCGCCGCGGCCUGGAGCUAUUGCUGAGCCAAGGAGCGGACCCCGCGCUGCGUGACCAGGACGGACUCAGGCCCCUGGACCUAGCGGUGCAGCAGGGGCACCAAGACUGCGCACGCAUCCUGUGCGAGCUGGACUCUCCGACCGCAGCCCGGGCAGAGGCCCAGGAGCCAGAGUCAGAGCCGGAGCCUGGCAGCCCAGGUGUCUCUGCGCCACCUGAUGUGACACUGGACUCCACAGCACUCCAAGCCCCGCUGAGCAGAGCUGACAGAGGGGACGUGGGCCUGGAGUCUGGCCCUGGAUCCCCCAACCUCCCUGACGCCCUCGAGUGUGCAGACAAGGAUGGGGACUCAGAGGCCCCCCUCGGGUGCUGGGACUGCUCGUCGGAGGUCUCCUUCGUCACUGCAGUUGAGGUUUCUGGAGAUGAGGACCCAGCCCUGGACACUUCUCCCUGGGUCAGGUCAUUGCCCCAGACCACUCGGGGACGGCCUGAUCUCCAUCCUAGUCAGAGGAUACCAAGGCCUGGAAGUGCCCCACAGCUGGUGCGUCAAGGCCACCAGGCCAUCAGGGAGGCAGAGCUAAGCACCUGUCUGCAGGCCCUGAGCCUGACCUGUCCCCAUACAGCAGGCUGCCCGCCUUCUCCCUCCUCAGCCUCCCUCCUGGAUGGGAGCUCAGCCUGUAGCCCUCCACAGGAACAGCCUCUUGGACCCCCCGACCUGAGCGACGAUCAGACGUUCCUUGGUAGGGACGAGGCUGCGCUCUGGCUGACAGAGGAUGAGCUGAGCUCCACACAGGGCAGGGACCCUGUCCCCUCUUGCCAGCACCUGCCAGUCCCUGCCGAAUCUGACCCGGAGCUGCCGCAGGCACAUCAAGUGCUUGACAAGAGCCCUGGCCUCGUGACGCCCUUCACCUGGCACUGCUACCGUCAACAGCCCGAAGAAACCCGGGCCACCCCUGGCCCAGAGUUUUCCGGGUACAGCCCAGAACUGGCCAAGGCCCUACGGACAGGCCAUAUUCCAGAUGCUCAGUCCGAUGAAGAUGCACUUGCCCAGCAGUUUGAGCGACCAGAUCCCACAAAGAGGUGGCGGGAGGGGGUUGUAAAGUCCAGCUUCACAUAUCUGCUGCUAGACCCCAGGGAGACUCAGGAUCUGCCAGCCCGAGCCUUCUCGCUGACCCGAGCCGAGUGUUUUCAGACUUUCGUUCGUGCCAUCUUCUAUGUGGGCAAGGGGACACGUGCCCGACCAGAUGCCCACCUCUGGGAGGCCCUUGGCUACCGUGGACGGCCAAGAAAACAGCCAGCCAGGGCAUGCCCCAAGGUGCGCCAGAUCUUGGACAUCUGGGACAGUGGCCGCGGUGUCAUCUCCCUGCAUUGCUUCCAACAUGUGGUGGCGGUGGAGGCUUACACUCGGGAGGCGUGUCUUGUGGAUGCUCUAGGAAUCCAGAAACUGACCAACCAGAAACAAGGGCACUACUACGGAGUGGUGGCAGACUGGCCCCGCCAUCGGCGCCGGCGCUUGGGGGUGCAUCUGCUACACCGCGCCCUCCUUGUCUUUUUGGCCGAGGGCCAGCGAGAGCUGCGGCCUCAGGACAUCCAGGCCCGGGGCUGA